AUGUUUGUCAACAACACCAAGAGUAAUCUUGGAGCCGAUGCUGAAUUUCUUCCCUGGGACAAUCCUGAUAGUCUCGUUACUUACGAUUCGUAUCUAAAAUGGUUGUCUUAUUUCAAUACUGUCAUAAAGCCGACAGUGUACGUGCUAUGCAUGACCACCAACAUCAUCAACUGUUUGGUGUUCAGAAGCCAAGGACUGAGAGACCGCAUGAAUCUCUGUCUCUUUGUUCUGGCGAUCAUCGACAUGACUUGUCUGUCGUACUCCAUGAUAUACACGGUGACCAUGUGCAUUAGAAUAGCCAAGCCUGAACUGGGAGAGGAACUUUAUGUCAAAGAACUUUUUUAUGCGAUGGGUGUUAAUUACGGGUGGAGGGAAGCGUCGGCGUGUAUUAAUGUAGUGAUUGCAGUGGAGCGGUGUGUGUGUGUCUUGUUCCCGCUGCAGGCCAACACUAUUAUGAGCACCAGAACCAUGGGCAUCCUGCUGGUUUCCAUAGUGAUCGGAAUGCAGCUAGCGUUCGUCACUGCACCUGCCAAGAGAUAUGUAUUUCCUGUGUACGACAACACAACUGGCAAGACUCGGUGGACAGUGACUUCGUCAGAACCCUGGAAGAAUAACCAAGAUCUGAUGCUCUACGACAAAGUGGAAGACACCUUAAUGAUGAUUGUCUUCCCUUUCUUCACAUUCGCCGUCGUGUCGAGUGCGACGAUCAUCACGGUGGUGAAGGUGCGAGGCGCCAUGUUGUGGAGGGAGAACGCCAGCUCCGUCACCAGUGACGCGCAAGGCCAGCAUCUCGCCCUCACCAAGAUGCUCGUCGUCGUCUCGUGCCUCUUCGUCAUCUGCAGAAUUCCGUGGGUCGCCAUCACCUUGGCUAGAAUCUUCUAUCCCAGCUUCUCGUCAUCUGGUCGUCAAGCUAACUUGUACCUAGUGCUGGAGCUGGUGGCGCACUACUUUCCCUACACCCACAGUUCCGUCACCUUCUUCAUUUAUUUCUCCCAGUCUUCACGGUAUCGGUCUCAUCUCCGGCGUCUGUACUCUUCUUCCAAAACUUUUAAAGGUUAA